AUGGCCACGCUCGCACAUUGCGACGGAGGAGGAGAUGAUGGAGAGGUGGCGUCAAAAGUUGAGCCCUCCGUUGGUAAUAGUGCAUCCAAUGCGCCAACAUUUGAAGAAUUAUUCGGAUUCGAUAUGGGAUUUGUGUGUCGCUUCGAAAAUGAAGCGGGCAUCGUUGUUAGUGGUGGACUUGUGGUUUCCGACGUACUCAAGGAGGCUACGGGGCGCGGUAGCAAAUUGACAUUGAAUGACAAAUUCAAUUAA